GAAACAAAGCAGAGUAUAUGGUGGAGGCAGGGCGUUUGCUGCAGGAGACAGUUGCUGCAGUAGACGUAAAUUUAGGCUGUCCUCAGGGCAUCGCCAGACGAGGGUUUUACGGGGCGUAUUUAUUAGACGAGCCCGACUUAGUGCUGUCGAUGGUGUCUGCAAUGCAUCGGCAUUUGGCUGUGCCUGUCACCUGCAAAAUACGCAAAGUGCUGACAGCACCAGACAGCACUGCAUACGAUGGGUUGCGUUCUGCUGCUGCUGCAGCAGCAGCUCCUGCAGCAGCAGCAGCAGCAGCAGCAGAGCAGCACCUCGAUAAGACCUGCCAGGACACUCUGCUGCUGAGCUACGCUCUGGAGGCUGCUGGUGCUGCAGCACUUACUUUGCAUGCCCGAACAAAAGAAGAAAAAGCUGCGAAUACUGCAGCAGCAGAUUGGGGCCUCAUCCGCAGAGUUAAGCAGCGACUCAACAUACCAGUAAUUGCCAAUGGAGGAGUGGAGACAAAGGAAGAUGCAAUUCGCUGUCUCCUCGUCACAGGGGCUGACGCAGUGAUGUCAGCAGAAGGAGUAUUAGACAAUCCUGCGCUCUUCUCUGGUGCUGCUGCGCUGCUGCAGCAGACUGCGCUGCAGCAAACAUAUCUGCUGCAGCCCCCAGCGAGCAGCAACAUGGAGGACCUGCGGUCGCUGGUAGACGACAUUAUUCGCCACUUUGCUGCUGACGGCAGCAGCAGCAGCAGCAGCAGCAGCAGCAGCAACUGCUGCUGCAGCAGCAGCAGCAAGACGUGGUACCGCCGCCACCGGCGCAGCACCGACAACGCGGAGGAGACAGAAGGAGACACUUCAACUAACAGCCAGACAGUAGACCCCUGUUCUAUGGCUGCUGAGGGAUUUGAAGGGUUGUUUGGCUAG